UAAAGGCAGCUGGAAAAUAGCAACACGUCCCACCCAUGUCAGCUUCCAACAACAGCAGCUCCAGCGCUUCCACCUUCACCUUGAUUGGAAUCCCAGGGCUGGAGGCAGUGAAUUUCUGGCUGGCUUUCCUUCUGUGCUCGCUGUACCUCUUCGCCGUCCUCAGGAACGGCACCAUUAUUUAUAUCAUCAAAGCCGAUCAAAGCCUCCAUGAGCCCAUGUACCUUUUCCUCUGCAUGCUUGCAGCCAUCGACGUGCUGAUCUCCACAUCCACCAUGCCCAGAAUGAUGGACCUCCUCUGGUUCAACUCCACCACCAUUGGGUUCGAUGCCUGCCUGCUCCAGAUGUUCUGCAUCCACUCUCUGUCUGCCAUGGAGUCCACCAUCUUGUUGGCCAUGGCUUUUGAUCGCUACGUGGCCAUAUGCUGUCCCCUGCGGCACGCAGCCAUUCUCACCAGCCCCAGAAUAGCCAAGAUAGGGCUGGCAGCGGUAAUCAGAGGAGCUACCGUGAUGGCCCCCUUGCCCAUUUUUAUUAAAAGGCUGCCCUUCUGCAGCUCCAGAGUCCUCUCCCAUUCCUACUGCUUGCACCAGGACGUGAUGAAGCUGGCCUGUGCCGACAUAAAGGUCAAUAUAAUCUAUGGUUUGAUUGUUAUUACCUCUGUCAUUGGGUUGGACUCCCUGCUGAUCUCCCUGUCGUACGUCUUCAUUCUCAGAGCCGCCUUGAGUCUGAGCCAAGAGGCCCGGCUCAAAGCGCUGGGCACCUGCAUCUCCCACGUCUGUGCCGUCUUCCUGUUCUACGUGCCAUUCAUUGGCCUAUCCAUGGUGCACAGGUUUGGGAAGAUACAGGGUUCCAACAUCCAUGUCGUAAUGGCCAACGUCCACUUGCUGGUGCCCCCGGUACUCAACCCAAUAGUGUAUGGGGUGAAAACCAAGCAAAUCCGUCAAAGGAUCACAAGGCUGUUCCAAAGAACUACACACUGAUGGGACCUUUUAUCUAGCCAGCUGCAUAGUCAUUCAAAACAGAAGCAAUAAUUAAUAACCCACAUGGCCAAUCCAGAACAUCACUCGACAAGCAGGACAAUUCCCCACGCAUCCUUGUACUCAAAGCAAACCCAGUGUAGAUCACAGUGGCACAUAGCCAGUCCCUGGAGUUUCCCUUUCGUCCAACAGCCACAGCUAGAGCGGCACCAACAGGGGAACAAGAGAGGAGUUUGGGUAAGCCAGCCCUCUCCCCUGCCCUCCUCAUCAGAUCCUGCGGCAGCCACCCAAACGCAGCAGAUCCCAGCAGCCUCGCUUCCCGCCAGAAGCCUGAGGAACUUCAGGGUGGCCUAAGAGAGCCACCAGUCCCUGGAACUGGCAUUGAAAUCAACAGAUUUCCGUCUAGCACUGAACACAGCGUAUGACCUCCUAACUUCAGUUCCAUGGAUGACACUGAUACACCACGUCAGAGAGGAAUACACGACACCAGUCUCUUAAUAGCGGAGAAUAAAUAACAGCUGCCAGAAAAGGAAUAAAUGACGCAUGAUCUUACAUCUGGUACUUCUGGGGGAAUUCUGUGC